AUGAGCGACAAGGACAAGGCGAAAUCGCUCUCCAACAGCGCGAGACGAAUCCAAAAGGAGUUAGCGGAGAUUUCUCUCGAACCGCCCACGAACUGCAGCGCGGGACCGAAGGGAGAUAACUUGUAUGAGUGGGUGUCGACCAUCGUCGGUCCGAAAUCACCGUACAGCGGGGGCGUAUUUUUUCUCGACAUUCAAUUCCCGCCGGAUUACCCGUUCAAGGCGCCCAAGGUGACGUUCCGCACGAGAAUCUACCACUGCAACGUCAACAGCUCGGGUCAAAUUUGUCUGGACAUCUUGAAGGAGCAGUGGUCGCCGGCGCUAACGAUCUCCAAGGUCUUGCUCUCCAUCUGCUCGUUGCUCACUGAUGCGAACCCACACGAUCCUCUCGUUGGGAGUAUCGCGCAACAAUUCCUGAACGACAAGGAGAAUCACGAUAAGACCGCGCAAGAGUGGACAAAGAGAUACGCGCAAGGAUGA